CUCUAGGAGCAGAGUUCCAACGAGCGGCUGUUGACACACAGCUUUAUGAUGUGGGCGAAGUAACGGUCUGUGGUCAUUUUGUUUUGGACUGCUUCUAAAAAAAAAAAAWAAAAAGUUCUCUUUCUUUUUACUACCGUUUUUCCGUGGGGUCUCUUAAYCGACUUCAAUUCUUGGUUAUAUCUUCAUGUAAAGCGAGGCUUUGGGCGGUGGGAAGCUUUGCUACUCGCUAGCUAGCAGCGAGCGGAUCAGCUGCCGAGCGGGCGAUACUUCACAGCUUUUAUGGGAAGAGAGGGAGAAGCUUCCGGUGUUCAGAUAAUAAUGCUGUGAUUACAUACGUGGCUCGCUGUCGACUCGAUAUUAGCCGUUAGCUCUUCAACUUUUAGCUUGGACUCCUGAAGGUUCGCCAUUCAGCUGGAGAUGAAGAGCUAAAUUGAUGCUUGGAUUCAAACAUCUACAAAGGAGAUGAGUCAGCUUUGGUGGCGAGCCAAGCGCCUGUCGGAGAGGCUGGGAAGCGACUCUCCUGAUGGCCUUCCUCCGGGCUUCCUGAGCACCGUGGCCCCUCAGGGGUCCAACUCCUCCUGGGCUCCCAUCCCCCUGGUGUUCAGGCCGGAGGAGCAGUUCUUCCUCAUGACCUCCACUGCCCAGACCAUCUCCGGGUUCUUCGUCUGGACGGCGCUUCUCAUCACGUGUCACCAGAUCUACAUGCACCUCCGUUACUACAGCUCUCCAAACGAGCAGAGACACAUAGUCAGGAUCCUGUUCAUCGUGCCCAUCUACGCCUUCGACUCCUGGCUCAGCCUGCUUUUCUUCACCAAUGAGGAGUAUUACGUGUACUUCGACACAGUCAGAGACUGCUAUGAAGCGUUUGUCAUCUACAACUUCCUGAGUUUGUGUUAUGAAUAUCUGGGAGGAGAGAGCGCCAUCAUGGCUGAAAUCAGAGGGAAACCCAUCGAGUCAAGCUGCAUGUACGGGACCUGCUGUCUGUGGGGAAAGGCCUACUCCAUCGGUUUCCUCAGGUUUUGCAAACAGGCCACUCUCCAGUUCUGCGUGGUCAAACCUCUGAUGGCGGUCAUCACCGUCAUUCUUCAGGCCUUUGGAAAAUACAAAGACGGAGACUUCAACGUGGCGAGCGGCUACCUGUACGUCACCAUCAUCUACAACAUCUCUGUCAGCUUGUCGCUCUACGCGCUCUUCCUCUUCUACUUUGCAACGCGCGAGCUGCUCGUCCCCUACAACCCCGUGCUCAAGUUCUUCAUGGUGAAGUCGGUCAUCUUCCUCUCCUUCUGGCAGGGCAUGCUGCUGGCCAUCCUGGAGAAAUGCGGCGCCAUCCCUCAGAUCAACUCCACCGACUUCUCCGUGGGGGAGGGAACGGUCGCCGCCGGCUACCAGAACUUCAUCAUCUGCAUCGAGAUGUUCUUCGCCGCCGUGGCUCUGCGCCACGCCUUCACCUACAAGGUCUACAUGGACAAGAGGCUGGACUCGUACGGCUCAUUUCCCAUCUAUGGACAAUACGGUCGCUGCGCUCCGAUGAAGAGCAUCUCCAGCAGCCUGAAGGAGACCAUGAACCCGGGGGACAUGGUCCAGGACGCCAUCCACAACUUCUCCCCGGCCUACCAGCAGUACACCCAGCAGUCCACGCUGGAGCACGGCGGCGGGCCGUCCCUGUCCCGCAGCCACAGCAACCUCAGCGCCCGCGGCGACAACGAGAAAACCCUCCUGCUGAGCUCCGACGACGAGUUCUGACCUUCAACCUCCUGACGUUUUACUUAAGCCUUAACUUUCAGCGGUGGGUUUUUUUUUUUGCUGUUGUUUUUUUUUGUUUCCAUUCCAGACGAGAACGACAGCUCUGGUCGGAAACCGUGGCGACAGGAGGCGUCACGGAGGGACCAUCCGAGGCUUUUUGAAGGCCGACUUGUUACUUGUGGUGAUGUCAUAUAGCAGCUGUGGUUGUUAUGGUUACAGAUGCUAGCUAAAUGUCUGCAUACAUCAGAAUAUGGGUUAGUACUAGAUAACCGCGCCUGCUUAUAGCGUCUGGUUAAUGCACUUUAGAUGGUACAGCAGAGAAAACAAGUGCCAUCUUCAUCUAAAACACACAGCUUUCUUAGUUUUUUGUUUUUGUUUGUUUCUUACCUGAACAUUGCCAAAAACAAAAAAGAGAGAAAUCUGAACUCCACUGAUUUUUAAGCUUAGAGUUGCUUUAUAGAGAAAGGUACGGAGAUUCAAUCUGCUGGCAUUAGAUGUGUUUGUUUUUUUAUUAUUAUAAAUAAUUUUACAUGUCAUGCUGUGUGAACAACGCAUUUAUUAACACACUAUUUCAGAAAUGUUUGUCAGAUAUAUUGUGGAUAUACUAUGUACUUUGUUAUUAUUGUAGGUUUGUUUGAUGAGAAGCAGUGAGAGUGAACCCAGCUGUCCGCCCAGACCGGACAGCUGGAGGAGAGAUUGUUUUGUUUUGAUUUGGCGUGGGCGUGGGGGGGGGAGAGGUGAAUGGGGGAGGGCGGAAGUACGACGCCCACGCAGAUUACAGAUUACCGAAGAAGCCAUGCUUCCUGCUGAGCUGCCCCAGCUGUGAUAUGCUGGACUCUGUAAUCUUAUGAUUGAUGCCGUCACGUUCAGCACAGAGCCUGCUGCCCCCUGCUGGUUCCCACAUGCUACUGCAUCUCCGCCGCAGCGCAUUUCAGACGUAACUACUUUUGGAUAAAGGAAAGGCUUUAACUUUAAUGGAGUUGAUAAUCAUAACACGUGGUUUUUAAGAUUUUAUUUUAUUUUUUUAUUUUUUGAAAGGUGUUAAGAGAAAGGUGUUUCAGCAGGAAAGUGGUGAUUUCUGGUGUUUUUGCUGUCCUCUGCUGGCUUUAAUGACCUUUCUCCAGAACAGGAUGAAAACGUUUCCAUGUCCGCCACUAGUCGCCGGUGUUUGUCAAGCCUUAUGUUUAUGAAUGCUUAAUCCAAUCAUAUUUUAGAUAUAAAAUUAUUGCAGACAAAAACAAGGUACCUCAUAGUGCAUCAUGUGAAUGAAUAGUUUCAGUGAAGAUGGAAAUUUUGAUGAGAACUUUAUUUUUGGGGGAUGUCCUGAUCUGAUGCAAACUGUCACAUUUUUAAAUUGAGUCUGAACUAAACCCAACUACACUACUUGUUAUUUCCCUGAGUUAUUAAAAUCCACAGCCCAUGCUCAUGGUGCCAGUUUGAAAAAUGGGAUUAGUCGAAGAAACGGGGUUUCCCUAACAAAUCAAGUAAUAUUCACCAUAGCUGCGUUUCUACUGACCAUAUAACUGCUCGAUUUGGAAUCACCAAAUAAAUGCGCUUUAUAGUGCAUUUAUAUUUAUAGUGCAUUUAUUUUUCGAAAAAAGUCAAAUUUUUUGGAUAAAAAGUUUUUUUUUUGCACUGGGAUGAGGUGGUUUUUAGGCCGUAACCUAAUUAGCGUAUUUCGCAAAACUGCAAUAGAAACACUUUUUUCGGAAUCUCAGGAGUCACGUGAUCAACAGCCGGAUGUUACUACUGGCGGAAAGGACGAAGUAGACGACAGGAAGUGGUAAGUGGAUUGUGGGGAACUUAUGGUGUGAACAAACUAUUUAGGUGUGAUUUUAAUUACGUUCCUUGUCUAACAGAAACACCGCAGUUGCGAAAUUGUGUUUUUUCUCUCGAAAUUAGCUGAAUAUUGACAAAAGUUUUGUGCACAUUUGUAAUGGAAACAAAGCUAGUGAAUGAUGCUAGCGUUGGCCUACCAUUUCAACUACUACUAUCAGCUCACUGGGGACUAUAGUUUUAUGUCUUGACACUUACCUUUAGAGAUUAGAUAAAAUAUGUCACUAUGCAGAAAAAGGAUAACAUAGCAUUUGAAACCUCUGGGAGCUAAAUGGGAUAAAAUAACUCCAAUCUAAAAAAAAAGUCCUGAUCAGGACAUUCCUGUUAUUAUUUUGAUUUUUUGUACCACAGAAUAUUUUUGCUUCAGCAGUUUUGCAGUGGUUGGCUGCAAAUAUAUUUCUUAAAGCUAUGAUUUGUGUGAAUGCUUUGCUUGUGUAUCCCUCAGUCGAACUCGCUCCAUAAACUUCAUCACUGUUAAUAUUUUAUCUGGCUGUAGAACCUUGAUUUAAAAUACUAUAAAAAUAGUUUUAAAUUUAUGUAUCAAGUCUGUCACAAAGCUGGGAGCUUCAUCAGUUGUGUAUAUAAAGCACUGUGCGACUCUUGUAGGAGAUGAAUGAGUGAGGAAUUGCUCGGUAGUGUUCUGUUUGAAUAUUCUAGCAUCAAGUUGUUUCACUUUUAUAUUUGCUGAAGUUUUUUGGUUAAAAUACUUUUUUAAUAUGUAUAUUGGUUAUUUGUUUCAAUGCUACGUUGACUUCAUUUGGUGUUGGAAAGCAAAUAAAGGAAAUAUGGGGGGAAAUAAUGUUUUUCCCAAGAUA